AUGGCGGACCGACUGACCCAGCUACAGACGUGCGUGGAUCAAAUGCUGACCCAGUAUUUCUCGGCACUAACGCACAUUAACACCAAUCAUGGGUUCAAGUCGUUAGCGGGGGAGGAGUUGGUCAAGGACGAUACGGUGCCUGUUGUCACAGACGAAGAACGCGAGAGAACGCUAGAGGAGCUGGCGAAAGACCUUGUGGUCAAGUCACAACAGAUUGAUUACCUCAUAGAUUCGUUGCCAGGUAUCGGUUCUUCGGAGGAACAUCAGAUGCAGCAGAUCGAAAAGCUGCAAAAGGAGCUGGAGCAUUAUGAUCAGGUAACAGAAGACGUCAUCAAGGAGAAGGACGAGUUGUUGGAGCACUGUGAUGAACUGAUUCUAAAGCUCGCACAGAGAAAGGCCCACAUCGACGUGGAGAGCAUGUAA